AUUAAGAGCCCAUCUUCACUUAUCCGUCAUCCUUCUGCGUUUCUCGCUCUCCCUUCAUACAUCCCCCCGCGGCUCCAUAAUUGAUCAUCAGUAUGCUGGGCACUAUUGUCGGAUCCGCCAUGCUUCUGGUCGCGACCGCGAUCUUCCUCUACUAUACCACGUGGACUUUGUUGAUGCCCUUCGUUGAUCCCGGUCACCCUCUCCACGACCUCUUCCCUCCGCGUGUUUGGGCCAUCCGUAUCCCCGUCUUUCUCACUCUGCUUGGUUCCGCUGUGGUCGGCACCUUCAUAGGCAUUGUUAUGAUCAACAGCAACAAGAAGAAGGCUGCCAAGGCACAGGCAGCUGCUGCAAAGAAGAAGUCUUGAGAUCUGGUCUCGUGGGACUGGAGACUACGUGGCAUUAAUCGUGUUCGGUUGUACAGUACUUAUUUUCUCCGCGAUUGUUGGCAAUACAAUUUUGAAUUGGAGUCUUUCCCCAAGGCUUACGCCCCAGGUAGGCUUCAUGGCAAACUUCAUGGUUAGUACUCUCAGAUAUAGAACCAAAGGUGGUAGAAGGCCAAUGCAAGUUAUUUGCG